UCCGGAUUCGUGCUCCCAGGCUAUUAUUGUAAUACACACUGUUGAGCGUUAUAACCAACUUUUGUUUUUGUCUGUCUUGGAUGGCGUCAGAUAGGAUUUGUUUGCCGCGAUCCAGCCUUGGCUCCUCUUCAAGCUCCAGUGUUUCCACGGCGCGUUCGGAUUUCCAGAGAGGUUGAUGUAAGGGAAGCUUUGUUUUUGUGAUGGUCUAGAUGUGUGUUUAAGAACUCCGUUAUUUGGAUGAUAAAUUCUUAGCAUCCGCCCCUCGAUGUUCAUGCUGCUGGGUCCUAGUUGUGUUGGUGGUCCUGUCUCUUUCUUUAAUACUAAAAGAUUGAGUUUGCCAGAACCUGGGAAUCAUUGAGUUAGGUUGCCGAUGAGCUUCUCGAGGACGUCACUCGGAAUCCGCACAUCGUCCUUGGCGUGUGGGAUUUCGGGGUCAACUUAGAAAAGGGAAUUUAUCAUCAGAAUUGCAUAGUUUAUUUAGAUCUGCGUCUUGAAAUUCUAUUGCAGAGAUUAUUCAAAUCCAGGUUUAUGGAAUAGAAUCGGGUUGUUACAGGCAUCAUUUCUACUAGUUGAUUAUUGUGUAGGCUUGAUUUAUGCUAUUGAGUUGUCAGGACUCACCUUUAUUUUUAUAUAUCAAUCAAUCAAUCUAUAUCAGUGAAUUUAAAAAGUUGCAAGCAGCAAUGGAUUUUCAAUCAGAGUUUUCGUGGCUAGAGCUUGAAGAACUUCACGCCCCUACUCAAAGUUUCGCAGCUGUGGUUGGGCAGCGAUAUUGCUUUCCGAACUCCGCACAGUACAGGCUUGAGAACGAGAUUCUCUCCAAAUCAUGGAUUAUCACAGAAGCAAAUGGGGAAGUCGUGUUUCGUGUGCGGGGAAAAAAGGUGGACUGGUACAAGUCCAAGCGGGAGCUGGUGGACGAAAAUGGAAAAGUUGUUGUGUAUAUGGAAGAAAAGCCAUGGACAAUAAAGAAUGUUUGGAAAGCGUACUCACCUGGUGAAUCGGAAGCUCUGUUUACAUUGAAGUCAUUAUCUGCGUUUACUUGCAAGCCCAAAGUUAACAUCUUCCUUGCUUCAAACACAGCUCAGAAGAAGCCGGAUUACACCAUUGAGGGGAGUUUCCUUGCCAAGAAAUGCCUCAUAUACUUCGGCGAAGAGCUUGUAACAGAGGUGACUCGAGAAGCAUCUUUGAAAAACAUCCUUAUCACAAAGAGUAUUUUCAAUGUAAUUAUACAUCCUGGAGUGGAUGUAGCCUUCAUCUUCUCCAUCAUAAUUAUUAUGGACAAAAUUUAUGUUCAUGACGAUUAAUACUGGAACCAGAUGAUUUAGCUUGCCGGUAAAGGUGAGCUUCAACAGGUUCUUUGUUGCUGAACGAGCGAAUAUGGCCUCGUUAGCACUGUGAUGGUUGGUGGCAUUCCCUUGUAGCUUGUCGCUUCUGUGUAUGAAAGGCUUGGAGUGGGUUUUGAUCUAAUUACAGCCUUGCUUGAGAGGUUAGAAGCUUUGGGAAAAAUCUUCCGCUGAAAUAAACCAUGAAUAUCAGAUCGGUCUGCUCACUUCUUUAGGUACAAGACACGCGGCUUCUCAAACGGCCACAAAUGUUAACUUUGUCAACUGUACAGUAUGAGUAAAAUUAAAUGUGGCGUUGAUGCUUCCCUUUUUGUAAAGCAUCGCUGAUGAUUUAUUUUAUAAAUUUUGACCUCAAAUAGCAGUACCUCUUA